AUGAUAAAAAAAUAUUUAUAUUGUUGGGGUGUUUCAUAUAGUGGACAACUUGGUUUGGGUAGUGCUAUCACUUCACAAUAUCAGCCAAAGAAACUAAAAGAUCUCACUAUAAAUGCAGAUUAUAGACAUUACCCAAAGCAGAUAAAAACUGGUUCAUAUCAUACACUAUUAACAUAUAAUUCUCAAUUAUAUGUUUGGGGUGAUCAUAAACAAGGUCAACUUGGUUUAGGUGGUGGUAGUUCUAACAGUUUGGUUGGUCGUUACGAUGAUCAUCAUCACAGUCAAUUUACACCUGUUCUACAUCCGUUCUUUGAUCGAUCAAAAUUUGAAAUCAAAUCGAUCGGCUGUGGAGGAUAUCAUAGUAUUGAUACCUAUGAAACCUAUGCAUUCGGUAGAAACAAUGAAGGACAACUCGGUAUCGGAAGUGCUCAGUUCACAUCCAUAUUGGAACCAACACUGAUACCCGAUCUUACUGGCGUACAAAUCAAACAUAUUUCAUGUGGACCAAAUUACACUGUUUUAGUUACAAAUGAUAAUAUAGUAUAUUCUUUUGGUAUGAAUGACUUUGGUCAGUGUGGACAGAAAGUAGAUAGUGCAACGGGUGGUAGAGUCACCAAACCGACAGUCAUUAAAGAACUGAGCGGAAUCAAUGGAGUUGAUAAGGUUACUAGUGGAUGGGGACACACUUUGAUGGUUACAAACAAUGGAGAUUCUCUUAUUACAUGGGGUUCAAACUUCCACGGUCAAUGUGGUGUUGGUACAAAGGGAAAAGAUCCGAUUACAGUUCAACAAGUAAAGUUGAUUAAUGGUAAUAGUAAUAACAAUAGUAAGAUCAUCGAUAUCUCUUGUGGAUCUGCUGCUUCAAUAGCUGUGGUUAAUGAUAAUGGUGGUAGUAAUACUUUGAUUUGGGGAUCGUGUGGUGAUGGUAAACUGGGCGGCAAUCAAACCGAAGACUUGAAAUCACCUACACCAAUGGAUAAUCUACCGAACACCAUUAAUAAAGUUGCAUUUGGUACCGAUCAUUGUUUGGCAUCCACCACUGACAAUCGAUUGUUUGGUUGGGGAUUUGGUCAGCACGGUGCACUUGGUGUGGGAUCGACACGUGAUCAACUUAAAGUAUACAAAACACCAAUUGAAAUCAAGUCAGAGUUGAACAACUAUGCUAUUGAUGAUAUUGAAUCAUCUAUCGAUACUUCUUUUGCCAUUGUGUCUGAUAUUUCAAUAUAA